CACUGCCCGAUAAAAACAGUACGUGGAUCCACGUUAUUGCUACGUGAAUUCGACGUGGAUUCGACGAAAUUACGUGAUUCGACGUGACGUUCCUGUUUUACUGGGGUGUGUAAGAAUACGAAAUGGACCGAGAAGAAGAGGAACGAGAUGAAAUGGAACGGAGAUAUCACAUAAUCGAACAAUGCAUAGAUAUUGUGUACCCCGCAGUAGGAUGGAUAUGGGUCGACAACGUGCCGGUGCGCGAGGUCCGCCUUUAUAAUAUGGUGAGGGUUCGGAUCCCUCACAGACAGCGUUUUAUAUAUUUUGAUGAAAUCCGAAUUCGGGGAUUCAUCAAUAUUCAUCGUCAGCGUUUGGUACGCUGGUUUAGAAGAGUGGAUUCAGAAUACAACGAGGAAAUCUGGGACGUUUUAGGAGAUGAAGAUAUCUUCCAAUUACGAAGAUUAUUCGAUAUGCAAAAUGAGUUUGACGUUGAAGAGGAAGAGUUAAAUCCGCGCGAGGAAAAGAGAACGCCAACGAAAAGACGCGCGCGAACGGGGGAGAGACAAAGGAACGGGAGCGAGAGAGAGAGACCGCGCUGAGGGGAAGACAACGCGAGCGAGCCGUGUGACGUCACGCGGACCGACGUGGCCGUUGGACGCGGACCCCCAUCCUCCCGCGGCGCGCCGCCGAUAAAAUUCCAGUAGC